UAAAGGGAAGCCGAAAAGCAGGAAAAGCGAAGUGGAACCGAGCGAGAAAUCUAACUGGCAGUUUUUUUUGGGAACAUUUGGGCUUGUGAAUACAGAAUGAACAGACCUUUUAGAAGAUGUCAGCGUAUAUCCUUUGUAUAAUAAACGACUAGACGACGCAAAUAUAGCUGACCCUAGAAAUAAAGAACCAUAUAAAAUGUCCAGCAGUUGAAAUCUGGGAUGCUGUGGUCGACAUGUCUAGCGAAGACAUUUCAGAAGGAAAAAAAGGCUCACACCAGACGGAGCUGUAUGCACAGGUCCCAACAACAUGUCUGCCAAUUGUUUACUCACCUACAUAUAACAUCACCUUUUUGGGUCUGGAGAAACUCCAUCCGUUUGAUGCUGGUAAAUGGGGCAAAGUCAUCCACUUCUUAAAAGAGGAGCAGUUCAUCACAGAUGAGACCAUUGUUGCAGCGAGGGAGGCCAGUGAGGAAGAUCUCUUGGUGGUUCAUACCAAACGCUACCUCAGCAGACUCAAGUGGUCUCUGGUGGUUGCGACUAUCACGGAAAUCCCGCCCCUAAUUUUUCUGCCCAACUUCUUGGUGCAACGCAAGGUGCUGAGGCCGUUACGCACACAGACUGGCGGCACUAUUAUGGCAGGAAAGCUCGCCAUGGACAGAGGAUGGGCAAUUAACGUGGGAGGAGGCUUUCACCACUGUUCCAGCGACAAGGGAGGGGGUUUCUGUGCAUAUGCCGACAUCACACUUACUAUUAAGUUUCUGUUCGAGCGAGUGGAGGGAGUUUCAAGAGCCACUAUCAUCGAUCUGGAUGCUCAUCAGGGAAAUGGACAUGAGAGGGAUUUCUUGGAUGACAGACGGGUUUACAUAAUGGAUGUCUACAAUCGGCACAUCUACCCUGGGGACGGAUAUGCCAAGAGAGCCAUUAAAAGAAAAGUGGAGCUGGACUGGGGAACAGAAGACACUGAGUAUCUCCAGAUGGUGGAGCUCCACUGUGAGGGCACACUGAAUGAGAUCAGACCUGACAUAAUUGUGUACAAUGCAGGUACUGAUAUUCUGGAUGGUGAUCCUCUUGGAGGCCUGGCCAUUUCCCCUCAGGGCAUCGUGAAGAGAGAUGAGAUCGUGUUUAGAGCAGCACGGAGGAGAGGGAUCCCCAUUCUCAUGGUGACGUCAGGCGGCUACCAGAAGAAGACAGCACGUAUCAUUGCUGACUCAAUCCUAAACCUGCACAGACAGCAUCUGAUUGGUUUAGAGGUGUUGGAAGAGGCGGGGCAGUCAGUGGUGCCAGUCAUGAUGAGCAAGUCCGUGUUAGCUGGGGAAAAUUUCAAUACCGUCUGAUUUUUACUUAUUGGACUAACAGCACUAUCCUCAUUUUUGUAUACUAACAAGCAUUUACUCCCGAUAAGGUAGGGUGAAUCGAGGAACUUUAUUCUUCAGUUUUAGUGAGGGGAAAGUUUAUAUUUUUAGCUGCUUGAGCCUAUACUACUUUAAUCUGUGGUACUCUGAACUAAACCUUUAAGAUGAGAUUUAAAUUCUUUACAUUGGUACUUUAUGUAAUGCUUGUUUGCACAAUUUGAAUUUAAGUCUUAAGCUACAGCAAUUCCAAUACAGGAAGCAGUUUUUAAAUUUAUUGUACUAAACAAAUUACUUCUAGAACAACAAGUCAUUUGGUACAAAGCACUCCUGAUUAUCACAAGUCUAACCUGAAUCUGCUUUGCUCGUAUUUUUAUUCAUCUUAUUACAGUCUGUGUAAUGUUCUAAAUGUAUAAAGCCAUAAAUAAUAGCAUUACUCCAUCCACCAGGUCUAGCACAAUCCAGCAGCCACAGCUUGGAGAGUUCAUCAGCAGGUUUAUUGCCUUGGCUUUGUGGGACUGACCAACUGAAUGUGCUCUUCAUUCCACUCUUACUCAGUUUGACUUUUUCAUUAGACUCAUUUCAAAGGUGUCUUUCAUGAAUCAUAACCUCUUCGUGCCCCCAGCAAGUUCUUUUUCUUCAUCCUGACUCAGCACCUACAUUUAGCUAUACAGCACUGAGGGAAUAUAAAUUAUAAAUAUAGCUGCAAGCAGCGAUGACGGGCCUUCGCACAUUUGUUCAUCGCUAUACGGUGCCUUCCAGAAAACAAUGCACGGUGGGCAAGUGCAUCAAGUGGGUAAAUAUCAGUGGACUAUUUUAUGUUGUUACUGACCCAUUUGGGGACUGUAGGUAAAUGAAACCCCACAUUAUAGAGAAAUGGGGGCGCUAGUGAGCCACUUAAGAGACACACCUUUGUCUGACCUUUUUGUCCACACUUAACAGCCGACAAAUGUGAUGUAUGUGUCAAAUUUCAAGUUAAUACAAGCACGCCAAAAGCCUUAAAUAUGCCUGAAAUAAAAGUAAACUUUGACACGAUGCCAUGGCAACAGUGUUUGAGAUAUCAAAAAUCCGUUCGCAAUUUCGCAUCUGCAAUAUCUCUGCGUCAUGGUGGCCAAGUCUGGUCUCAA